UUGGAUUGUGCUAGGCCCAGCUGAUCAUGGCCUGUCAUUAUUUGCUAAAAAUAUGUUCUCCUACAAGAGUCGAUGGAGCAGCUCCCUGACAAGCAAGCAAUGGCGACGACCAAGAGCUUGAAUGGAAAGAGACAUUGGAUCAACAGCCUCUCAGUCAGACACCUUCCCCAUUGUAAGACUUUAGGAUCUCGGAACUCGUCUUACACUGCUGCCACUUUCUCUCUGGUUUCUAAAAUUCUGGCGUUGCGCUGGGUAAGAGGAGUGAUUUCCGCUCCUCUUCGACGUCCCUUGCCUCAACAGUGCUGGGCCUCCUAUUCUACCAACACCUCCCUUUCUCGCCCCUUCAUAACGGUGAUUCUUGUGGGAUAUCUGAAGCAAAACUUUGAGCUGUGACUUACUACUGGAGAGGUGAGAGACUGCGCCUGUGCUGCUGCAGGGCACAGCCAUACUCCGUAGAUAGCAUUUGCUUCUUGACGUUCGCUGGCCUUGGCGUUGUCUCCCCAGGAAUAAACGGGCCCACGUCUU